UCUCGAGUGUUGAAAAUGGCUACCACUUAGCAAAAUCGGAAUUACUCUGGAUAUAAUUGGGAUUAUUUGUGAUGUCUCGGCUGGUGGAUUAUUUUGUAAUUGUGGGAUAUGAUCAUGAAAAAGAAAGAAGUGGUAGCAGCUGUGGCAAGAUCCUGCAGAGGUUCCCUAAGUCAGACUGGCCAGACUGUCAUUUCACUCCAGGCAUAGAACUGUUCUGCCAGCCUACAGGAUGGGUGCUGUCCAGCCAACGCCAGCAGCCAACGUUCUUCAUCUCCGUUCUCACAGACAUCGAUGCAGACCGGCACUACUGUGCUUGUCUCACGUUCAACGAGCCCGUGGCCAUGACAACCAAGCCCGACGACGAGGAUCUCGAAGACCCUGAUGUCAUCAUACCCCACCACUCACAGAUGUUUGCGCCCAAGAGUCUCAUUUUAAUCACACGCCACGACUAUUUUGAAACAUUUCGAAACUGCCUAGGCAUCAUCUACACAGCCUAUGUAGACAAGCUUCCCCAGGUAGAGAUCGAGACACUGGUAGGCAACAUGAUAGGUUGUGUUCAAGCUCCCCCCCUAGGCGGGCCCCAGGUCCGGUUCUCCAUAGGUGCCGGGGACCGGCAGGCCCUACAGCCCGCACUCUGCUCAACUUUACCCAUCACCAGGCAUGUUGUGGCCCUGCUAUUCCAACAACUAGGCAUACAGAAUGUCAUCAACGUGUUUGCGCUGUCUCUCACAGACCACAAAAUCCUCUUCCUCUCACAGAGUUUCUCUCGCCUCACAGAAUCAUGCCAUGCCAUCCUGUCCUUGCAAUAUCCACUUAAAUAUACGUAUGUAUACAUCCCAAUCCUGCCAUCUGCUCUACUGGAGGUGUUGAACACGCCGACCCCGUUCAUAGCAGGCGUGCACUCCAUACACAAAGAGGACAUUAAGGAACUGCUCGAUGUGGUUGUUAUCGACCUUGAUGGUGGAAGUGUACAUAUCCCAGAAUGCAUUGUUUUACCCACAAUACCAGAGCCUGUGCUCUCACGCACCAUGAAAGCUCUCCAUAUGAUACUUCAUCAAGACCUGCUUAUGGCGGACCUAGCAUUCCCUCCCUCACCAUGCAAAAAACCUGUGUCAUUAGAGCAAAAGGACAAGGAAAUCCGUGCUGUGUUCAUCCGCAUGCUGUCUGAAUUGCUGACGGGGUACCGGUCAUGUCUCACUCUAAUACGCAUCCACCCUGAACCCUUCAUAACUUUUCAUAAAGCGAGUUUUUUAGGGCACAAGGGUAUGGUGGAAGAAGAUUUUAUUCUCAAGGUUUUAAAUGGCAUGAGUUUUAACACAUUUGUAUCAGAGAGGGGUCCUCCGUAUAGAGUCUGUGAUAUUUUUGAUGAGGUGUAUGCCAACAUCCAGGAGAAUGUUCGUGAUGAGAAGCUGGACUCCAGCAAGAUGGUCCUGAACAUAUCUGAUCUUGCUCAGCAGCUGCAUAAUAAUGAAAAUCCUAAUCCCCAGCCAUAUGUUCAGAAAGUGCCAAGGCCCACAGAAGGUGCAUACUCGCGGAUACAUCAGCCCACAUUUCCCGUGCUUGAUGAGGACAAGGUGGCAGCCAUUAUAGAGGACGGGAUCUCAAACCAGACACAGAACAACAAUGACCUCCUCAGAUUGACAAGUACAAGGCUACAGAAGCGGAUAGUCCCGAUGGGUCAGGCGAUAUCAACAGUGGGGGACAGACAGAAGAUUGUAGACAAUAACGCACGGCGACUUGAAGUGCUCAGGAACUGUGUCAACUUCAUAUUUGACAACAAGAUCUCAGAUGCCAGAAUUAUAUUCCCGGCAGUGCUUCGUGCGUUGAAGGGCAAGGUGGCUCGCAUUGCUCUGACCUCGGAGCUGGCCCAUAACAUACAGAGCAACCGCGCCAUGCUUGAGCACCAACAGUUUGACCUGAUUGUGCGUCUGCUCAACUGCGCACUACAGAAUGAUUCCUCAAUGGAUGAGAAUGGAGUGGCAGCCAGUAUACUUCCUCUGGCCACGUCCUUCUGUCGGAAACUGUGUACGGGAGUGAUCCAGUUUGCGUACACGCUGUGCCAAGACCAUGCAGUUUGGGGCAACCAGCAGUUCUGGGAGGCUGCAUUCUACCAGGACGUACAGAAGGACAUACGCCAGCUGUACGCACACCAGUAUGAAGAACACAUCAUGGUACGCUGGCGUAAGGAGGGCUCGCGUCAGAGACAUAGUAUGGAGCUGAAUGUGAACCAAUCACAGCGUCUGUCCCCUGACCAGAGUCGCAGCUCAAUGAAACAGAAGGAGAUCGGGGCACUGGACAUAGCAGCUGAACAGCUGCGUAUAUGGAGCACGUUGACUGAAGCCCAGCAGCAGGAGAUGAUCAACAACGAGGAGUCUACGGUGUACAGCCAGGCCAUACACUACGCCAACAGGAUCGUGUACAUGCGUGUGCCCCUCGACUGCAGUCGCUCACUCAAGAACCUCACGUUUGACGACGAGACUAAAAGUAACAGCAACAUCACCGCUAGCUUGGCGGAGAGUGACAGUAUAGAUGCAGAGAGUGGGUUUGAUGAGACAGAGGUAAGCGGAAGUGUGGCACCUGACGUGAUCCGAUUCGUCACUCGCUUUGUGGACAAGGUCUGCCAGGACAGUGGAGUGACAGAGGACCACAUCAAGUCUCUACACCAGAUGAUACCUGGAGUGGUUGCUAUGCAUAUGGAGACCCUGGAGGCAGUGAAUAGAGAGGCAAAGAGAUUACCACCCAUACAGAAGCCCAGGAUCCUGACUCCAGCCCUGCUUCCUGGCGAGGAGAUAGUGAUGGAGGGUCUGCGUGUGUACCUGCUGGCAGACGGGCGCGAGGAGGGCACCGGGGUCAACAUGGGCGGCCCCUCACUGCUCCCUGCAGAGGGCGCCAUCUUCCUCACUACGUACAGGAUCAUCUUCAAGGGCAUUCCUUGUGAUCCUCUUGCAUGUGAGGCUGUGAUAAUGCGAGCGUUCCCAGUGUCCACUCUCACCAAAGAGAAGAAACUCAAUGUCCAGUACUUGCCCCAUCUCAACCAGUGGCUGCAGGAGGGACUGCAACUGCGCUCCAACAUCUUCCAGCUGCUGAAAAUAGCCUUUGAUGAUGAGGUGGUAGCUGACAAUGUGGAGACUUUCCGCAAGCUAGUCAACAAAUGUCGCAACCCACCGACUGUGUUUGACACAUUUGCUUUCAGUGGCCACUCUAUCCCCCAGCCUGUCACGCUGCACAAACAGAAGGAGAAGAAUAAAACUCUCAAACAUUUUGCCAAGAAGACUCUGAUGAAGACAGCUCAAAAGGCGGGCCUGAAAUCGGGCCUGAAGUCAAAGCAUUCGUCAUCUCACCAGAAGGCCAAGUACUCGCUGUCCCCGCCACAGGCUAAUAGACGCAGCCUCACUCCCAGGUCGUCUGAUAGCGAGUCUGAAGGGGGCAGGCCGGGCAGCGAAGUGUUCGAUGAUCUGUCAAUAGUGGAUGAGAAUGAGUUUGGCUCCACCCUGAUGGCCGACCCCCAGGCUCUAGAGAAGCUCCUUGAGAAGCCUGGUUACCACGACUACGUACGUCUUGGCCUCGGCAGCCUGUCUGUCACCAGCUCCAAGGACCGAUCAAACUCAGAACCUUUCAGAAUCUCAUCUGUGAAUGCUAACUUUUCAGUGUGUCGCAGUUACCCUAUCCUGUUAGUUGUGCCACAGUCAGUAUCGGAUGACAACAUACGACGGUUUGCUCGCACCCAUAGACAAUGCAGAUUUCCCGUGAUUACAUGGCGCCACAGCCGCACAAAGGCUCUAUUACUGCGCGCCAGCAGCUUCCAUAGUCGCGGUCUGAUGGGCAUGCUGAAACACAAUACAUCUAGCACAACAUCAAGCGGAGAAUCCACUUCUAGCUUGGAGCAGGAAAAAUACUUCUCUGUGCUGGUAGCGGCGACCCCCAACAGCGCACGUAAUGGUUCCUACAAGGCCUCAUACAGUGACUCCCUCGACUCCCUAGACUCUCUCAUAAUGUCAGGGGCCACAGGGGAGUCCCUCACCAUCCCAGAAACCCCUGACAAUUUUAAACGGGCGCCCAAAACAGGCAAAUCCGUGAGAACGAGCCUGAAACUUAAAGGUCAAUCGGGCAACGGAGACUUUGUGGGGCUUCACCUGUCAGGGGACACCACUCCCAACACUGCGCGCCGCAGUAUGUUCUCCCGGGCUGUCAAUACGCUACGACACAGUGGUGGCAAGGGACAUAAUCUGGGCAAAAAUAGACUAGCAGCCAGUUUGGAGGCACUCACCCGGAUUGGCAGCUCCAAGGAACGCAACCGGACAAGCACGUUUGAUCCAGCCCGGUUCUCUCACCCCAAUGGAGAUGUGAGUCAAUCAGGGGACCUCAUCCACAAUUCGGUGCAGGGUCUGAAGAAAGUAUCACUAUAUGUCCUUGGAGAGAAGACACAAAUGAAGGGUGUGAAGAUGGAGUCUUUCCCAAAGUGUGACUUUAUCCCGGUGGAUUUCUAUGAGGUGCGGUAUGUGAAGGCCAGUUUCAAGAAGCUGAUGCGUGCGUGCGUGCCCAGCUCAGGCCAGGGACCGGAAGGGACUUUCCUGCAUGCGGUCGAGGAGUCUGGCUGGCUGCCACAGCUCCAGAACAUCCUGCAGCUGGCUGGCGCCACUGUUGAUCUCCUGGACGUACAGGGCUCCUCUGUCAUGGUGUGCCUGGAGGAUGGCUGGGACGCCACUACACAAGUUGUCGCCCUUGCUCAGCUUCUCCUUGACCCCUUCUAUCGAACUCUUGAUGGGUUCAAGGCUCUUGUCGAAAAGGAGUGGCUAUCGUUCGGGCACCGGUUCACACACCGGAGCAACCAGACCCAGGCGACCCAGGCCAGCGGGUUUGCACCCAUCUUUCUUCAGUGGUUGGAUGUGGUUCAUCAGGUCCAUCAUCAAUUUCCACUGUCAUUCGAAUUCAACCAGUACUACAUUAAGUUCCUGGCCUACCACUACAUCUCAAACCGCUUCCGCACUUUCAUGCUUGACAAUGAACUUGAGCGCAUGGAAGCUGGUUGGCUGUUGGAGGAGAAGAGAGCUCACCGAUUGGACGAUCUUGAUGAGGAGGCUGGGUUUACUCAGAAGCACUUUCAGCAGGGCAGCCUGGGAGUGCCGAUCUGGGACUACAUUGACAAGCUGCAUCGAAAGUCGCCUCUGUUCUAUAACUUUAUGUACAGCCCUGGUGACCAGGAAAAUGUAUUGCGCCCGUAUUCCAACCUUGCCAACCUGAAGGUAUGGGACUACUUCACGACGGAGGAUCUUGCCCAUGGCCCCUCGUACGACAUCGAGGUCGCUCAGAAGGAGCUCAGUCAGAACGAGGAGACUGAGACCCUGGAGAUGCUCGGACAACACACCCGCCGCGUGGUGAACGGUUGCUAUGACAAUGUCAUGCUCCAGCAGCCUGAUUACUUCCAGUGGCAGUUCCAGGAGAUUCAAAAGCUUGAGAGAGACCUAGAGCACCUGCCGCGCAAGUGGAAAACAUUCUGGGACCGUCUGCAGACUCCGGCUCGAGACCCCAACUCCCUGCCGCGUGAGACGUCCCUCAGCAUGCAGCUAGCGCGGUCACAUGGCCGCUCCAUUCACAAGCGCUCUACCCUGGAGAUACUCGUGAAAGGAAAGAUGCUGGGAGAGGCUGCCCGGAGCUUUGCCCAGCCCCAUCGAUUUGAGGAGAUGACCUACACCACGGCCGUGAACUGUGACCUCUGCUCUGAGCUUCUGUGGGGGCUUGUAAAGCCAGGCAUGCACUGUAUAGACUGCGGCUACAACUGCCAUGAGAAGUGCCAGAGCAGCGUGCCCAAGAACUGCACCAAGUUGAAGGCCGUCAGUGACUCCUCCAACAGUAGCUCCAGCGUGUCCCGACCCAGCCUGUCAGAGACCAGAACCAUACAGGCCCCAGUUGCUGAGCGCAUUGCAAUGACAACAACUACAAACCAGAUGUAUGAGCGAUAUCCCCAGAGCUCUAAUGAGCAUGUUACACAAAAGGGCUGGCUCUACAAGAGAGGGGCCUUCAAACUGAAGGGAUGGAAGAAGAGAUGGUUUGUCCUUGAUUCCAUGAAACAUCAGAUGCGCUGGUAUGAUAGUGAGACAGAUCCAAAUGCCAGGGGCCAGAUUGAUCUGUCCGAGGUCGAGGAGGUACGAACUGUGGGCACCAAACACGUGCAGGGCAUACCAAAGCAGGGCCUACCAAAGAAAGUGGAUGAAAAUGGCUUCUUUGAGUUGAAAUCCACAAAAAGAUUGUUCCACUUCCUGGCGGCCAAUGCAGAGGCAGCCCAUGAAUGGGUGGACAAAGUACAGGGCUGUAUACAGUAAGGGCUGUUAGAGCUAGGAUAACAAAUAGAGGACAGAAUCAAGAAGGGGGACAACUCAAUGUCCUGGAAUGGCUGUAAGCACUAUGAUGACACUUGUGUUCAGAACAGCAGACCUCUUAUUGAUGUGAACUUUGUGUGCAGUACCUAUGUUUGUUCUUGGAAAUCAUGUAUUUAAAAAAUAAAGCAUCGUUUUGGAAAUACAGGGCUUAUUUCGUGUGCGCAAAGUGUGGCACCAGACAAAAUCCAUAAAAGGGGACUACACAGGUUUAUCUGGGACGACACUUCACACACGUGUAUUAAGCCCAGUUUUGCCAGAACAAGGCUCAAACAUUUGAGACUGUAACUAGGCUGUGUAUGCUGAUAGCUUUACCAUCUGGAAGAUGCUGCAAGGGUUCAGAUCAUGCACAAGACUUGACAUAAAACAUGAUACAUUGAGAGGCUGUAUUUUUGUACAGAUAUUAACAAGAUCAUUAGAUGCUCUUAAAAGUGAAGUGUGAUUAACAUAAUUUGUUAUCACAGAACUAUUGUUACAGCAGCUCCACUUGAGCAAAUGUUAUUUGUUCACUGUAAAGAGCUUUCACAAGGAGUUUCAUGGGUGUCUUUUGUUUGCGUUAAGUGUUAAAUUAUGUGAAAACCCUUGAGUUCUGUAAGCAUGUACAGAUCUUUUAUCUCUAGGAUAACAAAUUUGUACAUACAAUGACAAGUGUAUUGAGAUUAUUUAUCAUUUGAUCUUGUGUUGCAAGUCUUCCGUUUAGUAAGGAAGUAUGUGAUUGCAAUAGUUUUAACAUCCAAUGUGUCCAGAUGCAUUUAUUGUUUGUUGCUCUUUGUAUAUACUUAUCUAUGGCUUACAGGUAUUUGGUAGAGUUUUGCUUUUUUGUAAUUCACAAAUUUUGUUUUUCUUCACAAAGUUUUGUUUAUGUUAAGUCAAUUUAUAUCUUGGUUAAAACAACUUUGUGUAUUUUCCAUUAAGGCAACAAACGAUUUUUUUUGAAGAAUGUAAUUGUUAUCUUCUUUAUAUGUCUUAGUUUUUUCUUCUAUGUGUGUCUUUAAAAUAUCUCAGAAAGUUAAGGUGAUCUUUUGGAAAUAGAUCACUUAUUUUGGCAGAUAUGUAUUCAAUUUUUAGUAAUGUUAUACGUGUAAACAUGUCUGACAUGUGAACCCCCUGUAAACACUUGGGAUACUUAUGAUGUUACACGUUAAGUUUAGUCUCAGCUCCAUGACAUACUCUCCAUGAAACAUGGAUAAUGUAGAUCUCUUCAUGACAAGUAGGGUACACUGUGCUGCACAGAUCUGGCCUUGAAAUACUUUUGAAGAUACUUGAUAUCUUUUUAUAGGGACUGAUUUGGUGUUGAUAUGUUUGAGUUUCCUAUAUAUAUUUUAAUGAGGCAAAUUCAAAUAGUUUCUUGUAUACUUGGAUUCACCCAAAAAACAUGAAAAUGUUCUGCAUAGAAAUAUUAUUGUAGCCAUUCUCAGUUGCUGUAUUGAUAUCAAUGUAUUCAUGUAAAAUAAUUCAAAGUAAAAUUGUCAUGAUUUCUGUGCUUGGUGUCAGGUGUGAAUCCAAACAAAUGCUUCAGAAAUUUAAAUGAACUUUAAGAUAAAUAUACCCAAAUUAUGCUUUUACAUUACAAUUUGUGUGCAUCCACAGUGUUAAGAAAUAUUAAAUAUUAAUAUUAUCAUUGCCAAUUAAGUUUCAUUUCACCAUAAACUAUUCUUUCAAAUAUGGUUUUGUUAUCAAUAUAUUGUACAUAUUAAUAAUAUUUUAAAAUAUAAUAAUCUUAUUAACACAAAUUCUAUUUAAUUUAGAAAAAAUAUAUUCCUAUUUACAGACAUUGUGUAGUAAAUUUUAUGUUUUUAAAAAUCAAUUUGCAAGAAAGACUUUCUUCAGUAGUGUAUAAAACAUACCUAAUUAUACUGCAUUAUAGUGAAAAUGGUUACACAUUUGAGAUGUUUUAUUACCAUAUAUGUAUAUAUAGCUUUAUUUUAUGAAUUUCAUAUGCAAUUUUAUUGUGGGUGAAAAUGUGCAAUAAAUUAGAUGUUGUACAGUAUAUGUUCAUUAAGUAUCUAUCAGAAACACGGCUAUCGAUUGUGGCUUUGUCAGCUAUCUGAAGGGCGUUCAAAGACAUUCAAACAUUUUAAAAUAAAAUAUUCAUAUAACAGUGAUGUUCAUUUUGUUUUGCUUCUAGGGACUUACAUGUUUGGAAAAUGUUUUUGAAAUCAAGACAAACUGAGUUCGAUUGUUUUGCAAAUAAACAGAUUUGAAUCCUUGACAUUUUUUUUGCAAAAUCUAAUGCAUUUAAUUGAGCUAUUAAGAUUUUUUUCGGGUAUUUAAAAGGCUAUGUUGGUAAUAUACACUUUGUGUUUAGGUUUCGAAAAAUGCUCAUAUCUUCUAUGUCGCUUCAGAUAGCAAUUUCAUAUUUGGCAUGCAUGUGUAUAUGUACAAGGCCUUUCCAUAUGCACACACAUUUUGACCCCUGUGACCUUGACCUUAGGGUCCGCGUUUAGGUUUCGAAAUCUGCGUUUAGGUUUUGAAGAAAGCUCGUAACUUCUAUCAAGCGUUUAUAGGGGGCAUAAGUCAUCCUAUGGUGAAAGCUCUUGUUUGUCAUUAUCAUUGAUGAUUAAAGAUCCAUCAACAUACCUUUUUUUAAAGUGUAUUUUUUCGUAUUUGAAUAUAAUUUAUGCAUUGUAUAAGCUUACCUCUGAAAUGCAGGUUGAGCUUAUGUUUCCAAAUUCUGUCCAUGAUCAAGACUUCAGUCCUUUGUCAAUGUUUCAUUCAAAUCACAUCUUUUGCUAAACUGCUUGGCUGAUUUAGCAAAACUUUAUAAGAAUGAUCCGUUGACGACCGUCUGUCAAAUUUGUUCAAAGCGUUUUGGUCUGUUGCAUGUGGUCUCCAUACAGUUGAAAACAUAUUUUAAACAUGAAAACGUCAAAAAUAUUCACUAAAAUCGGAUGGUUCAGUUGUUUAAUAUUUUGUGUGUAAAAUAAUAUUUGGGUUCUCUAUUAAUUUUGCAUAAAUCAUACCCCUGAUUUGAUGGGUAACAUCUUAUAGUGGUCCUCUACUAAGUUGUUUUCAAAUCAUGCAGUCAGUGGUAAAAACAGUCAAGGCCCUAGAAGUCACAUGAUUUAUAUAUAGACUCAUAUGGUCAAUAACUACUUCCCUUAAACCAAACCAGGGGAUUAAUUUGUGUUGUGUAACAUUGUAUUAGUGGUCCUCUACGAAGGACCACUUAACAUGCCCCUGGCAUCAAAACUGGCCAUGACCCAGGGGUCAAAUGGUUUUUGUAGAACUAUAAAGUGAACAAUUUGUAAAAUUUUCUAAUAAACAACAAGGCAAAAAAGUAAUUUUUAUCAUGUUACAUCAUAUAGUGGGUCUCUACUUAAUGAUGAAACCCCAAAGCAUUCAGUAUGUGACAUCCAGCAUCUGGGUUUAAAACUCGCCAUGCCAUGCUCUUGUUAUUAAUCUUUUACCAACUUGUUUUUGGCUCAUCUAAGCACAAUGUCCUCAUGGUGAGCUUUUGUGAUAGCCAAUUGUCCGUCGUCCGUCUUGCGGCAUAAACAUUUGCCUUGUUAACAUUCUAGAGGCAACAUUUAUAGUCUAAUCUUCAUGAAAUUUGGUCAGAAUUUCUUGAAAAACAUGACCACCAGAGGGCAGGUCAGUUUUCCUUAUAUGGCUUAAGAAAAACCUUGUUAACACUCUAGAGGCCACAUUUAUCAUCCAAUCAUCGUUAAAGUCAUUUAUUUUCUGAUUAUCAUCAAACUGGUCAAUGAUAUCUUCAACGAGUUCGAAAAUGAUUCCAGUUACUUGAAAAACAUGUAAGCAAGGAGGUGGGGCAUUUUUUCUUCAGAUCUUCAUGAAACUUGGUCAGAAGAUUUUUCCCAAUGAUAUCUUGGACAAAUUCCAAAAUGAUUGUGGUUGAUUGGAAAACAUGGCUGCCAGGGGCAGGGCAUUUUCCUUAUAUGGCUAUAUUAAAAACUUGUUAACACUCUUAAGUCACAUUUAUUGUCCAAUCUUCAUGAAAGUUUGUCAGAACAUUUGAUUUCUAAUGAUAUCAUAGAUGUGUUUAAAAAUGUGUUCAGUCUGUUGAAAAACAUGGCAGCCAUGGGGUGGGGAAUCUAUUCUCUUAUGGAUAUUGUAAAACCUAAUUGUUAGCACUCUUAAAGUUACAUUUAUAGUUCACUCUUCAUUAAACUUGGUCAAAACAUUAAAACAUUAAAACAAAUUUUGUUCUAAUGAUAUCUUGGGCUUCAUAGAACAGUUCAGCUCCUUUGUAUUUCAGGUGAGCAACUUUGGGCCUUUCAAGGUAACAAAUACUCAAUAUUAACAAAUAUUUUGCAAAAUAUUUCUUAACAUAAAGUAAACCCAUACAAAAACAAUGUUCCUUAUAGCAAUAGACAAACUUUCAACGCUAGAUGUGGUAUUUAAACAUAGAUUUUACAAGAUAAAAAAUGCUUGUUUUCAUUUUUUGUGCAACAAUAUAUUCCAUGUGAAUUUCCCGCCACCAUAUCUGAACAUUUACGAGCAAAUGUGGGAGACUGGCUUCGGGCAGCGUCGGAAGAACAACAUAUUCAUGAGGACUACGUCCUGCGUCCCAAGCUGCAGGAUUGCUCAUAAAUGUUCCAAUAUCAUAGCUGGAAAUUCACAUGGAAUAUAUUGUGAUACAAAAAUUAAAAAAGCAUUUUGUAUCGCGUUAAAUCUGUUAACAGACCACAUCUAGCUUUGAAAUUUUGGCUAAUGCUUUAAUGAACAUUGAUUUUUGUAUAUGUUGACUGUAUUUUUUUAAUAAUUGCACGAAAUAUUCAUUGAUUUUUAGUAUUUAUGGGCUUUUAAAGAUUUGCCAAAGAAAGACUCAAAGGCUGUAAGAUGCUUUUAAGCAUUUUACUUGUUAUCAUCACUGCAGUUUUCAUCCAUUUAAAUGCAGCUAUUGUCAAACUAAUGGUUCAUAAUGCAGUAUUGGUUAAAAACAGAAGUACAUCUGACAUCAACUUUGAUGCUCUUAUUAUUAUUUUUGAAUUCAAAAUAUAGUCAUAAUUAUAUGUAAUUGGAUGCUGGUCUGUUAGUUUAUAGUUUUUAUUAAGACAAUAAUAAAUGACUGCCUUGGAAUAUAAUAAAUUUGCAUUGUUAAAUAAAUAUUGACUUGCGUUUGUAUUUUUCUUACAUAACAGGUUAGUAUUACACAUUUAUACAUUAUCAAAAUAUCCCUAUUUUUAAAUAUGGAAAGAGUUAGUUAUACCCUCAAAAUAAUACAUCAAUAAAUAUGUUGAUAUCAAUAGUUUUAAUAACCAUUCAAACAUGGCCACCUUUUUGCUAACAACAUCUAGAUGUAAAGAUUUGUGCGACUAACAUUUAGAACAGUUUGAAUCAUUAUUUCAGAUUUGUCGUUAGAACGAUUGUUAUAAAAUAACAAGCUUGCUUCUUGUGUCAAUAAUUUGAGGGCUGUAAUUGUUUUCAGAAAUGUGUCAACAUGUUCUUGUUUUCAUUUUGUAGCAUUUAGUUUCUUUUUUUCAUAUCUAAGGCUACACCAUCCACAUUUCUGUUGGAUAUCUAUCGAUUAUGCUGAUGUUGUUUCAGAGAAUGGCAUUUCAAUUAAUAUUUGCCAACUUGCAUUAAGUCAGUCUUAGACAAAAUAAAGAAAUUUGAAAUA